AGACAACAUUGCUAGACUGCAAUUUUGCUAGUGAUUUGUGUGGGUUCUUCCAAUAUUCAAACGACGACAUUGAUUGGGUAAGGAACACGGAUGGCAAAACACCAUCUAUUGGAACUGGUCCCUUAUAUGGGGGUAAUAGUGGAAAUACGUUCGUCUAUGUGGAAGCUUCGAAUCCAGCUCCAGAUAAUGCCACGGCAGUGAUAGAGACUCCGAAGUUUUAUAGUAGCGGAACAAAAACUCUGCGCUUCCUUUACCAUGCCAUGGGUGAAAAUAUGGGAAUCUUCACUGUUACAGCCCAGCCAUCUGGCAGCCAAGUAUUCAUAUUUCAUGGUAAAGUAGACCAAAGUAUCUCCGACUGGACUGAAGUAACAGAACAAUUACCCAGCGGUACGACAUCAGUAUUAUUUAAAGUGAAACUUUCGGCAGGUCUAAAACGUUACUCUUCAGACUUUGCGAUUGAUGAUGUAAAGGUGACCAGUAACGAUGAUAGAGGCGGUGAAGAUAAAGAAAGAACAUUGGUAAAUUGCAACUUUGAUGCUAUAAACCUCUGUGGGUUCGUACAACGGCACGACGACCAAAGAGAUUGGGAAAGGAGCGAUAGUGGUACAACACCAUCUUCUACGACAGGGCCUCAAAGUGGGGGUCACAGUGGUGAUACAUUCAUGUUUGUCGAGGCAUCAACUAAUAACACCCUAGCCCUGCUAGAGGGUCAAGGCAAUGCAACGAUAGAUACUCCAAGGUUUUCCAUCGGCGGUGAAAAGACACUGAUCUUCUAUUAUCAUGCCUUUGGACAACAACUAGGGAUACUCAAGGUUACUGCACAACCGUCCAACGCCCAAAUCUUUAUUUUUGAUGGCCGAACCGAUGAAAGUAGGGACGAGUGGAUGGAAGUCAUUGAAUUAUUACCAAGAGGUACUAGCUCAGUGCGCUUUCAAGUAAUCCUUUACAGGGGUUCGUACUCAUCAGACUUUGCUAUUGAUGACGUCAAUGUGACUCUUGUGGAGUCGAAUGGUGGAGGACACGAAGACUGUGUAUGGUCUACAUGGACACGCUGGACAUAUGGGUCAUGCAGCACAACAUGUGCAAAUGCCAUUGGAGUAAAGGUUGGAGUGAGAAAGAUAAAUCGAUGUAAAUAUGGCAAAGCCAUGGAAACAAAAACUGUUCCAUGCAGAGGUUCAACACUUUUACCAGCCUGCACCUAGAUACAUACUACUAACAAACAGUUUUAAGUUCUAAAUCGGAAAGACCUAUUAAAAGACAGUGUAUUGAGGACAUCUAUUUUGCCCCUUAAGUAUAGAUCAUAAGCCGUGAGCAAUUUAUUUGCAAGGGAGGAUCAAUAACGGAUCAAAAACACUUGGCAAUUUUUGUAAGGGUCAAAUGCUAAAAUGUCAUUGCA